UGUUGUAGAAACUUCCGUAAUAAUUUUAGUUCAUGAUAUUUCCUCGGUAUAACUUUUCCAUUUUCGGUGUCCCCACCCUCCCUCACCAAGUUCCAGGUCUAGUGACACAAAAUAUUUUUGAUUGGAAAAACCAGAAAUCAUAUGAACUAACUCUAUCACAACUAGAUAUAUCCUAACCCUGAUUUCACUUCUUUAUCAGAUCUUGUAUUGAUUAGAGUCAAGUGAUUACAGGAGUUUGUUAGGUAUUGGUGUUGUUUAUAAAUUCAAAUUCUAAAAAAGACGUGAAAGAAUAGAUAAGAAACGGUGCAAGACAAGCUGAUAAAGAUAUCUAAUAUUGACAAUGGCAAAAUAUAAAUCAAAUCGUAGUUCACCAGUUAAGGUGAGUCAACAGGUGGUCCUUCCAACUUAUAGACUUGAUUCCAACUUAGUCUUAUUGCCAGGGAUUAUCUAUAAUGUUACAUUUUCAAGAUUUAAAGCAGCAGCUUUAUUAUACAGAUUUAAGGAGCAAGUAUCACAAAUAUCGAUUAUUAAUAAUCUACUUGGGGAAUAUGACUUUGACAAUAUCGAGGAUGAUAAGAACUUCAGUGAAGAAGAAGUCACUAGUCCAAGAGUUAUCUCAACCGAUGCUGUUAAUGGAAUCAAACAGUUUUAUAAAUACGAGUCUAACUUUAAGAGUUCUAAUUCUUUAGUGGUUGCCAAUUCCGAUUUAUCUGAUAUCGAUUUAGCUCCUCAAAGUGACUUUGAUUGGUUAACAUUAGCUAUAAAACCUAACUUUUCCAAAAUUAAAGAACCUAAGGGUUCAAACGUUGAUACAAAGGAGUAUAAUAAUGUUGUUACCAUUGUUAGAAUUAUCGGAAUCAUUGACGAUACUACUAAUAUCAAAUUAACAUUACAAGCUAUUACAAGAGGUCUGAAAGUGCCAGAUAAGAAGAAAUCGAAACCAAAUGAACAAUUAAUUGAUGUAGACUGGAACUUUGAUAUUCCAAACUUGAAAGAAAAUUUCAAAACAUUAAAGGAAAGUAGUUCAAAUUUGUUUAAAGCUAUGGACAAGUUCAUCAUUCAAUAUCGUCAAGCAUUGAAUAAUCAUUCAUCCAAUAGUAAAAACUCAAAUUUAUCCUUGGUAAAUAAGAAUUUGAAAAAGGCUCAGGAAAAUCAAGCUUCUCAAAUGACAAACAACGAUGACAGUGAUUUGCUUAUUCUUAAUCCGUUAGCUACUGCUUUAUACUUGCAAUUAUCAGGGUCAAAGGAUUUUUCAAAAGCAUUUAUCAGCUUACAAAAGUUAUACGGUCAGUUUGGAGCAAAUGAUUCUGGUUUGAGUAUUGAUGGUAAAUCUUUCUUAAGAUUAAUCGAUCUUACUUGUGGUAUUCUUCCAUUUCCAAAUAAUCUUAAAUUGAAAUUAUUACAUAAAAUUAAUAUUUCGGAAAGAACUGAUACUAUCGAAGAAAUGAUCAACCUAUUAAUUGAAACUUUUGAAAGCUUGAAACAAAAUAAUUCUUUUAUUAGUCAUUGGUUUUAUAAUGAAGCUACCAAUAUCCAAAAGGCAAAUGUUGUGGCCAAUCAAUUGAAAUCGAUCAGAUUAUUAUUAGAAGGCAUGACCAAAAAGGCAAUACCUACUGGUAAUCGAUCAACUGUUAGAGCUCCUAACACACCACCAAAUACUCCAAAUAAUGCACCUAAAAAUCGUCGUGUAGCUACAAGUGAUCCCGAAGAAAACUUUGAUGAUGACGAUGAUGAUGACGAAGAUGAUGAAUUGAGAGCUAUCACCAACUUUGUGAAGAAUAAGUUACCAAAUAUUUCCACAUUAACUGCAGAUUCUAAGAGAUUGAUUGUCAAAGAUUUUAAAAGAAUAAAAUCAUCCAAUAACGGCCCUGGAGGUGGUGGUAACUCUGACUUCCAUGUUAUACGUAAUUAUUUGGAAAUCGUUAUGGACAUUCCGUGGGACAGAUAUGUAACAAAGUUUAAAACAAAUAAAGACAUUGACUUGGUUUUCGCUAAAAAACAAUUGGAUGAUGAUCAUUAUGGUUUAGAACAUGUUAAAAGAAGAUUAAUCCAAUAUCUUGUUGUCUUGAAGUUAUUAGGAAUGAAUGCAGAAAAGCAAAUAAAUAUCUCCAAUAAGAACAAGAGACCAGUGGAUGAUAAGAAUGAUAAAGAUCAACUGCCUGAUUCUAACUCAUCUAUUGUGAUUGCAAAUAACGAUGAAACUUCAGUGGCUCAUAAAGAAGCUCAAAGUAAAGUUAAAACUUCAAUUACUGAAAGUCAUAUUGAUCUGUUAGCAAAUGAAUCUAUCAGAGUUACCAAGAGUAAUAAGUCCCCAAUUAUUAUGUUGGCUGGUCCACCAGGUACAGGUAAGACUUCAUUAGCUAAAUCAAUUGCAGCAUCAUUAGGUCGUAAUUUCCAAAGAAUUUCAUUAGGUGGUAUCAAAGAUGAAAGUGAAAUCAGAGGACAUAGAAGAACAUAUGUUGGUGCUAUGCCUGGUUUAAUCAUCCAAGCUUUGAGAAAAUCUAGAUCAAUGAAUCCUGUGAUCUUAUUGGAUGAAAUUGAUAAAGUUAUUGGAGGUAAUAGUGGAGGAAACAAAUUUAAUGGUGAUCCAUCAGCUGCUUUGUUAGAAGUGUUAGAUCCAGAACAGAAUAAUUCCUUCAUUGAUCAUUAUUUAGGUUUCCCAGUGGAUUUAUCUCAAGUUAUUUUCAUUUGUACUGCCAAUGAACCUCAUAAUAUGACUAGACCAUUAUUAGAUCGUCUUGAAAUGAUUGAAGUUGGAGCAUAUGAUUUCAAUGAAAAACUUAUCAUUGGUAAGAAAUACUUAUUACCAAGACAAAUUAGAAGAAAUGGAUUUGACAUUUCGGCCCUGACAAAUGACUCAGUUAAUAUCUCAGAUUCAGUAAUGAAGAAAAUCAUUGUCGAUUAUACCAGAGAGGCUGGUGUAAGAAAUUUUGAAAGAAGAUUGGGUACUAUUUGUAGAUUCAAAGCAGUGGAAUACUGUGAAACUAUUGGUAAUACCAUGAAAGUCUACAACGCCAAUGUUGAUGAAAAUGAUUUACCUAAGUAUUUAGGUAUUCCAUAUAGUUCUGGUGAUUUAACUAGUGCUGAGGGAUCUUUAUACAAUAACUCCAGAGUGGGUAUUGUCAAUGGUUUAUCUUACAAUUCAGAUGGUUCAGGAUCUGUCUUAGUAUUCGAAAGUAUUGGUUUUGAUAAGAGAAUUGGAAAUCCCAACAAUACUAAUUCUGGUUGUUCAUUAAAUAUGACCGGUAGAUUAGGUGAAGUAUUAAUGGAAAGUGGAAAGAUUGGAUUAACUUUCAUUAAGCUGAUGAUCUAUAGGAAUUUAUUGAAUGUCAAAGACAAACUGGAAAACUAUUUAAUCGAUAAGUUUAACAAUAUGGAAAUUCAUUUACAUGUUCCAAUGGGUUCUAUUUCCAAAGAUGGACCAUCUGCAGGUAUUACCAUGGCAUUGCUGUUCUUAUCUGUUCUUUUAGAUAAACCCAUUCCAGCUGAUAUCGCCAUGACUGGAGAAAUCACAUUGAGAGGUUUAGUUUUACCUAUUGGAGGUGUUAAAGAAAAAAUGAUGGGUGCUCAUUUGAAUGGUAAUAUCAAGAGAAUGAUUGUUCCUCGUGAGAACAGAAAGGAUUUGAUCGAAGAAUACGGUAGAAGUGUCGAAGAAGCUGGUGAGCCAGUUGACUCCAACUUGAUGAAUGAAUUAUUGAGAGACAAUGAAGAGAACGAUUUCAAAAUGGAACAAGUUGAAAAGUUCUACUUAAAGAAAUAUGGUAUUCAAAUUUUCUACGCAAGAGAAUUUUAUGACGUUAUGAGAGCGGUCUGGGGUGAUAAUGACCUUUUAUCAAAAGCUGAAACUACAAGACUCCUUGAGUAUCACAUUUGAAGAUUUUAUAAUCUAUUUAUUUAUAUUAUGCAAAUUAAAAAGU